AUGAGGUACGCCCGCCUUGCUGACGGUUCAUCGGUUGCGAAACGCAAGCUAAGCCAGGAGACCCUCAACGCGGCCAUCGCCUCCAUUUUGAAGGGGUCGCAGGAGAAGAAGAGAAAAUUUGUGGAGACAAUUGAGCUGCAGAUCAGCCUGAAGGACUAUGACACACAGAGAGACAAGCGUUUCUCGGGUUCUGUGCGGCUGCCGCACGUGCCCCGUGCCAAGUCAAAGGUAUGUGUGAUAGGUGAUGCCGUGCACAUGGAGGAGGCGAAGGCCUUGGGUCUCGACUGUAUGGAUAUUGAAGCCCUCAAGAAGAUCAACAAAAACAAAAAGAUUGUCAAGAAGCUGGCCCGCAAAUACGACGCCUUCUUGGCCUCUCAGGCUCUGAUCCCUCAGAUCCCGCGUUACCUCGGUCCUGGUCUUAACAAGGCGGGCAAGUUCCCCACCCUGAUUACACACCAAGACAAAAUUGAAGACAAAAUCCUUGAAGUCCGCUCUUCUGUUAAAUUCCAACUCAAGAAAGUCCUCUGCAUGGGCGUUGCCGUGGCCAACGUGGAGAUGACAGAGGCCCAGGUGCGUUACAACCUGACGAUGGCUAUCAACUUCCUUGUGUCUCUGCUGAAGAAGAAUUGGAAUAACGUCAAGCGGCUGCACAUAAAGAGCACCAUGGGCAAGUGCCACACUAUUUACGGUUGA